AUGUACAACCACUCCGACAUCCUCUUCCAUAGACCUCCACCUCUGUGUCCUCCUCGCAGGCGAAAUACAAGUCAAACCUUCGUCUCCCUGGAUGACCCUCCGUUCUGCGCCGUCAAGCACCCACCGCCAUUGCCGCCAUUGCCUGACCAUUGGGAAUGUGAAUUUGGCUACCCCAAGCCGUGGGACAGGGCUGCAACUCUCGCAUUCCGAAUGGCAGUCUUGAUAAGCUUUGGACACGACAACCUUGACAGUGUCUGGGAGAUCUGCCAUUCGGAAGAAAAGUGGGCACAUGACAAAGACCGCCUCGCCCAACGUACCACUACCACUACCGUCGUCGCCGGCCUCCUGGUUGGUGCGACGGCCGCGUUGAUUAGAACCACUCCGCCGGUGGAGGAGUUACUGAACUACACGCGACGUGGACCGUAUUUGCUCCUCCUCUUGUCCUUCGGUAUCACGCUCGGCUCGCUGAUUGUCGGUUCGGGCAUGAUCUUCAUCACUCUGAAGUGUGAUCCUGUUUGGUUCUGCAGCACACUCAUGGCGACUCGAUCAAAGGUUCUCUGUACAUUUGUGUUGAUCGCGUAUCCAUUUGUUACGGUAGGCAUCGCUACAGCCCUGGCUGCGUUAGGAUUCGUCGUUGCCUCGCUCCAAUCUAACGAUCUUGUGAUGAAUAUUGGGAGCAUAAUACUCUUGAUGUUGCCUAUAUGCCUUCUUUUUGUCUUUGCGUGGACUCAGCUUCCUCUUUUAUCUUUGUAG